CUCAGUACUCGUGUUUCUCGUCUCAAGCUUAUUAUUCUUCAAAGCAAGCCGUACACAAACACGCUACAUUUACACACACAAACACCAGGGGAUAAAUAAUACUGGUACUCGUACUAUUUUAUUUAAUUUGCUUAGGCUUUCUUUCUACUUCACAUGACUACUUGCAAUUCUAUUAAUGUGUCUUGCAGCUUUUGACAUUCCCUUAGCAGACACUAAAGCUCCCAAACCCCCUUAAACUAUACUUCACUGUCCGUAGGAUCUCUAGCUACCCCAGCUAGCUUGCUUCCACCCUCUUCCUGUCAAAUCCUCCUCUGGGCCUUUAUUCACUGGAAGUCUUUUCUUUUAAGUACCUCUGUUUGCCCUCUACAUUUCUUGUGCUCAAAACAUGUACAAGAAGGAGAGAUCUUCAAGGGAAACCACAUUCCCUCAGAGAAGAAGGACCCCAUCUUUCUCUUCGACUCUUCUUGAUUCUAUUUACCGUUCGAUUGACGAUUCCAACGGCGAAGAACAUGUGUUGGGGCGAUACUCCAGAGAAACAACCAUGAUCAAGAAACAGGGUUGCAACUCUGUUUCAACAACCAGGCGUGAUGCACCAUUUCUUGAAGAGGAGAAACAAGCACCUCCUACUCUUCGGCGAGCUGUCAUGAUUGAAAGCUGGAUGGAGAAGCGAAGCUCUCGUGGCUCUAAACAUUAUAACUCGACCUCAAGCUCUUCAGACUCUAGCUCUGCAGGAGGAGGAGGUGGAGGAGGAGGAGGAGGAGGAGGAGGAGGAGAUGUGUUCUCGUCCUCCGAAAAUGAGUCCAGUGUCAAAGAAAAUUCAAGUUUUGCCCAACAAAGAACCAAACCACUUUCAGAUACGCCCCAACAGAAGCCGAGGUGUGAAGGCGGAGGCUUUAGUAAGACAAAGUUAAGAGCAUUAAAAAUCUAUGGUGAAUUAAAGAAGGUAAAACAGCCAAUUUCACCGGGUGGUCGCAUUGCAAGCUUCCUAAAUUCUAUUUUCAAUUCAGCAAGUGCUGCAAAGAAAGUGAAAAUGUGCUCUAUUGGGGCCAUGGAAGAUGUAAGUUUCGAGCGUAAAUCAAAGUCUGCUUGCUCAUCGGUUACUUCCUUUUCAAGGUCUUGUUUAAGCAAAACACCCCCUCCAAGAGGGAAACCAAGCAAUGGCGCAAAAAGGUCAGUUCGAUUCUAUCCAGUCAGUGUCAUUGUUGGCGAGGAUUCUAGACCUUGUGGGCAUAAAUGUAUUUAUGAAGAUGAUCCAGGAUUGAUGCCAAUGCCUCAGAAAGCUGUCAAGAGUACUUCUGUCAGGGAAUUAGAGGUUGCUAGGGGAGCAGCAGCAGGUUAUUGGAGAAGGAGUUGUCAUCAAAAGAAGAGUGUCAGUGAAUUUGAUUUCAGGGGUUUUCACAGGUACGUUGAAGGUGAUGGUGAUAGCAAUAGUGAUGAUGAUGAGAGCUGUUCAAGCUCUGAUCUUUUUGAGCUCGAUCAUCUUAUUGGGAUUGGAAGGUACAGAGAGGAGCUCCCAGUGUAUGAAACCACUAAUUUCAAAACUAAUCAGUCCAUUGCUAAUGGCUUCAUUCUGUAAUAUUCAUGUUGUUAUCAAAACGCAAAUCUAAAUCAUCAAUGUAAUUAAUGUUUUGGGGACUUAUCUAAUCAAUAAUUUAUUUAUUUUCUUUC